GUGCGCGCCCCCGCUGCCUCUCCAUCGGUUACUGCGCGUCGCCGGGCUUGCAUGCGCGUCCCCGAGAUAUAAAGGAAAAGAGGAAAAAUGAAGAGGAGGUAAGGAAGAGAGGGAGAGAAAGAGAGAGAGGGAGAGAGAGGGAGAGGUAAACCCGCCGCCGUCUUCUUCUUCUUCUUCUUCUUCUCCUCCUGCUGCAGUGUCUGAUUCUCCCACCACCGCCUUCAUCAUCACCACCACCACCAUCGUCAUCCUCCCUCCCUCCCGUCUGUCUGCCUCCCUCCUCCUCCUCCAUCCCUCUCUCCUCACUGAAGGCAUGGCCAGAUAUCACAGCGACAAAAGAGAGGGAGAGAGGCAGAGGGUGGAGAGACCUUGACGGAGACCGAGAGGGAGAGAGAGAGGGAGAGAGAGAGAGAGAGAGAGAGAGAGAAGGCGGCUGCAGACUCUCCAGCCAGAGAGGAAGAGGAGAGGAGGAGGAAGAGGAAGAGACAGAGAGAGGAGUCUCCAUCUUCGCCAUUCCCAUCAUGACUUUGGAAGACGGCGUCUGAAACUGAGUUUGGUCCAAAGACGCUUCAGCUACGAGACCAGCAACAGAUCGAGGUGGUGCCACACGGAGCUCUGACCAGAUGGAGACGAAUGCGGUUGAAAAACGCCAUCGAACACGGUCCAAAGGAGUUCGAGCUGCUGUGGAAGCUGUAACGCAGGAGUUAUUCAGCUGUCCCACCCCGGGCUGUGAUGGCAGCGGCCACGUCAGCGGCAAGUACGCCCGACACCGCAGUGUCUACGGCUGCCCGCUGGCCAAGAAGAGGAAGGCUCUGGAAAAACAGCCGCUGGAGCCGGCUGCCAAGAGGAGGCCCUUUCUCACCUCCUGCCCAGGCGAGGAGGAGGAGGAGGAGGAGGAGGAGGAGGAAGGAGCCAGAGUCUACACCAGCUACGAGAACCAAGCCAUGGAGGUGGGGGGUGUGGUGAAGGAGCAAGGGGAGGUAGCCGAGGAGGACGAGGACGGGGAGAGAGAAGGCGAUGAGGAAGAAGACGGGGAGGUGGAGGACGAGUUCUCGGAGGAGGACAACGAGGAGCAGGGAGAUGACGAGGAGGAGGAGGAGGAAGAGGAAGAGGAGGAGGAGGUAGAGGUGGAGAGGGCGGACACGACGAUAGGAGGAGUGCGAGCGGAGGAAGAGGAGGACGAGGAAGAGGACGAGGAGGAGGAGGAGGAGGAGGAGGAGGAGGGGAUGGACGAGGAGGAGGAAGAAGUGGAUGACGGCGACGACGAGGAGGAGCCGGAGGAAGAGGAUGAAGAGGAGGAAGAGGAGGAGCAGAAUCAUCAGCAGGCGGAGAACCAUUAUAAACCCGGUGGACAAUCGAAGCUCCUUCCCGUUCAGAAGGACAACAACAACAACAACAGCUGCACCAUCGGCGCCGGUAACGGCACCGGCGAAGACUACGAGAACUACGACGAGUUGGUCGCCAAGUCGCUGCUCAACCUGGGCAAGAUCGCCGAGGACGCGGCCUACCAGGCCAUGACCGAGUCCGAGAUGAACAGCAACUCCUCCAACAGCGCCGGGGAGGAGGACGAGGACGAGGAGGAGGAGGAGGAGGAGGACGGCAGCGAGCGGGGCGACCGGAAGGGCGAGCUGAGCGUGGACCUGGACAGCGACGUGGUCAGGGAGACGGUGGACUCCCUGAAGCUGCUCGCGCAGGGCCACGGCGCCAUGCUGCCCGAGGACGGCUACCCGGAGGGCGUCAUGCUGGAUGACUGCGGCCACGCCAACGGGCGGCCCGUCGUCGGCGUCAGGGUCCAGGCGGACGAGAGCGAGGAGGAGGUGUGCCUCAGCAGCCUGGAGUGUCUGAGGAACCAGUGCUUCGACCUGGCUCGGAAACUGAGCGAGACGCCGGCGUGCGAUCGCCCCGCCCUCCACGCCCUCCACCAGCAUCUCCAAAACCCAAACGACCCGCAGGCGAUGCACCACCAGAGCAGGUACGAGAGCUGCCACCAGGGGGCGCCGCAGGAGCCCCGGGGCCUGGAGCGCAGCUACUCGGACAUGGUGAACCUGAUGAAGCUGGAGGAGCAGCUGAGCCCGGCGUCCAGGGGCUACCCCACCAGCUGCAGCCAGGAGGGCGACGAGGACACCACGUCGGUGGCGUCCGACCGCUCCGACGAGACCUUCGACAUGGCCAAGGGGAACCUGUCGCUGCUGGAGAAGGCCAUCGCCCUGGAGUCGGAGCGGGCCAAGGUCAUGCGGGACCGGAUGGCCUCGGAGCACGCGGGGCCGCGGCGGGACCACCACCACCACCACCACCAUCACCACCACCACCGUGGCCACGGCGAGCACAGCCCGAGGCUGAGCGGCGGCGGCGGCGAGGAGCGCAAGUCCAGGAUGCACCACGACGGGUUGAAGAGGGCGUACUACCCUAAAGACUCUUCCCGGGGGGACAAGAAGGAGAGCAAGUGUCCGACGCCGGGCUGCGACGGGACGGGUCACGUGACGGGUCUGUACCCGCACCACCGCAGCCUGUCCGGAUGUCCCCACAAAGACCGAGUGCCGCCGGAAAUCCUUGCCAUGUAUGAAAAUGUUUUAAAGUGCCCCACUCCCGGCUGCUCUGGACGGGGCCAUGUCAAUAGCAACAGGAACUCGCACCGCAGUCUGUCUGGCUGCCCCAUCGCUGCCGCAGAGAAGAUCUCAAAGGUCCACGAGAAGAGUCACACUGUGACCGACACCGGCAGCAAGACGUCCAAUCAGACGUCAGACCGCGUCCUCAGGCCGAUGUGCUUCGUCAAGCAGCUGGAGAUUCCGCAGUACGGCUACAAGAACAACGUGCCGACCAGCACGCCGCGCUCCAACCUGGCCAAGGAGCUGGAGAAGUACUCCAAGACCAGCUACGACUACGGCGGCUACGACGGCCAGCACGGCGGCUACGGGAAGAGGGGCCCGACGACCAAGUCCCACCACGGGCGAGACACCUCCCCGAAGGGAUACGACGCCAAGCGCUACUGUAAGACGUCGAGCCCGACCAGCAGCACGACCAGCAGCUACGCGCCGAGCAGCAGCAGCAGCCUGAGCUGUGGCGUCGGAGGAGGAGGAGGCGGCGGAGGAGGAGGCGGAGGCGGUGCCGGAGGCGGAGGGAGCAGCGCCAGCAGCACCUGCAGCAAGAGCAGCUUCGACUACACCCACGACAUGGAGGCGGCCCACAUGGCGGCCACGGCCAUCCUCAACCUGUCGACCAGGUGCCGCGAGCUGCCGCACGCCCUGGGGGGGAAACCGCUCGACCUGCUGACACAGAGUCCGGUGGCCGAGCUGGACGACGACGGCGGCGGCGCGCUGGACGUGGGCGGUCAGCCCGGCGGGCCGGAGGGCAGCGGCACGGUGCUGACCGCCCUGCAGCCGAUGUCGCCCCAGCGGCAGGCGCUGCUCAGCAGCCGCUGCUACCAGCUGAGCGAGGCCGACUGCUGGGAGCUGCCCGUCGACUACACCAAGAUCAAGAGGCUCGGGGACGAGCAGGACCACAAGGAGUCGGUGUACUUCUCGUCCCUGCACCAGGGCGACGAGCUGGACCCCUUCCAGGAGCUGCUGGACGAGCAGCGCUACCCGGCCGAGGUCGCCAUGCCCAGCCCCAAGCACCACAAGUACCCGCCCUGCAGCAAGGAGGGCAAGAAGGAGCUCAUCACGCUGUCGAGCUGCCAGCUGGCCGACAAGAACAUCCGCGGGAUGAUGACGGCCAACUCACAAGAACUCAAGUGUCCGACCCCCGGGUGUGACGGAUCCGGACACAUCACUGGAAACUACGCCUCCCACAGGAGUCUGUCGGGCUGUCCCCGCGCCAAGAAGAGCGGCAUCAAGAUCGUCCACAGCAAAGAGGACAAGGACGACCAGGAGCCAAUCAAGUGUCCGGUCCCGGGCUGCGACGGGCAGGGUCACGUGACGGGGAAGUACGCCUCCCACCGCAGCGCGUCGGGCUGCCCCCUGGCGGCGAAGAGGCAGAAGGACAGCUACGUCAACGGCUCGCAGUUCGUCUGGAAAUCCGGCAAGACGGACGGAAUGAGCUGCCCGACCCCGGGCUGCGACGGCUCGGGACACGUCAGCGGGAGCUUCCUGACGCAUCGGAGCCUCUCUGGUUGUCCCAGAGCCACCUCGGCCAUGAAGAAGGCCAGGAUGAGCGGCGUGGAGAUGCUGACAAUCAAGCAGCGAGCGAGCAAAGGCAUCGAAAACGAUGAAGAAAUCAAACAGCUGGAUGAAGAAAUCAAAGAUUUGAACGAGUCCAACAAUCAAGUGGAGUCCGACAUGAUCAAACUGAGGACACAAAUCACCACCAUGGAGACCAACCUGAAGUCCAUCGAGGAGGAGAACAAGGUGAUCGAGCAGCAGAACGACUCGCUGCUGCACGAGCUGGCCAACCUCAGCCAGUCGCUCAUCAACAGCUUAGCCAACAUCCAGCUGCCGCACAUGAGACCGCUGCCACAGAAAGAGAACACAGUAAAGCAUAACUGCUGUUUACAGAUGCCUCCCAGAGAGCCAAUGAAUGAACAGAACUUUGACACUUAUGUGAGUACACUGACAGACAUGUACACCCACCAGGACCAGUACCAGAGCCCGGAGAACAAGGCGCUGCUGGAGAACAUCAAACAGGCGGUUCAGGGCAUCCAGGUGUAACCCUGACGGAGGCGGAAAUAACAAAUGCAAAGCAAAAACAACAACAACAACAAAAAAAAAAGUCAAAAAAGAGGGGAAUGGGUUGUUUUUUGCUGCUGUAAUCUACCCCAGUUCUUUUAUUUCUUCUACUGUUAUGCUCUCAACUCCAUGGGUAUAUAUAUUUUUUUGAAUUAUUGUUAUUAUUUUGAUUGUCGUUGCCUUGCUUUGAAAAACAAUUACCGACGUUUUAAAACGAACAUUCACGUUUUGUACAUUUUCAUAUGACCUAAUAUAAUGUGAUGUACUGUUUAUAGCUGCUAAUGUAUGCACAUUCGAGUGUAUAUGUACUUAUUUAUUUAUUUAUCGUAAGCUUGAAUCAUUUCUUAUGUCCACGCGAUUUACAUACAUCGAAAAACCGGGCGUCACGGGUUUAACGGGCGGAGGGUGAAAACAAUCAUUUUCGGGGGAAGAAAAGUCUGUUCUCGCGAGCUGCGGAGGCGGCGGUCGUUGUUACGGAUGUAAAGUCAUUGAUUUUUUGUAACGUUUGAAAGUGGAACCGUAUGCACACUAAUAUUACUGUAAAUCUUUACGUGGGAGCUGACGAGGAGAACCGACGCUUGUAAGUAAGCAAAGAAGAUUUCAAACAUCAUGACACGGAAACUCACUGGUGCAAAAUCCCAUCAUCCCCCCUCCCGGAGUCGUUUGGUGUUUCUAGUCCUCUUCUGUCACUUUUCUUUGUUCACGCCAAGAGCGAAGGGAAAAAAACGAACGGCUACAGACAAAAAAAAAAACGUAGGAGACAAUCUGCCAUUCUGAAUUUAUUUGAGUCAUCAACCUUGACUAGCUAAUAGGACAACGUCUCAGCAAUAUUGGUACGAUAAUAUGAAAUCGUUUGUUUAGAUAUGGGAUGCAAUCUAUAUGAAGAAGAAAAAAAUGUUUGGGUAUAUGCAAUUUCUUAUGAAUAAAACUAGCAAAGAGCUGAUAGAUCUUUUUACUAACUAUAAAUGUAUUGCGUUUUGUACAAACCUUUUACUACAAUCACGUGGUAGCAAUCUGACGCGGGUGAACGGACUCUGGUUCUGUCAUGGUGGACUCUGCACAGGGACACCUUUGUUUCCAUGUUCUGAUGUUUUUACUGUUCGCUGAAGAGGAAAAAAACGUGGCAGGCGGAAAAAACAGAAAUUUGUAGAUAUGAUUUUUUCCCUCUCUUUCUAGAGGCCGACGGCUGCGCUGGACUUACAGGGUCAAACGUCCGUCCCAUCCGUUACUGUAUAUUGUGCACAUCCUGUAAAAAAAGAAGGAAAAGAACGUCCUUCCAAUCAUGCAUCUUAUUGUCUGAGCCGCAAUGGGACAUGAAGACAGACCACGCGAUGACCAAGCAGUGCUUUUUAUUUUAAUUUGAAUAUUUUUUUGAAAACUUAUCUUUGAUUUUUUUUUUUUUAUUGAAAAGACGAAUGAAGACUCAGAGGCGUCAGUCGUGACGGCGCUCGUGUCCGGCCACUGAUCGAGUCUUUGGUCUGAACUCGGCCUCCGGGAUCACAGGCGCUGACGUGGUGCGAGUAUGUUGUUUCUUUUCUCUGACCACCGUCGAUCAUGCAUGCACUUUAUUGGAGUACGUCAAAAGUAUUAUCCCGUGGUGAAUGGAGCAAAAACUGUACAGCGAGUGUAGUGGGAAACCGUGACGUGGGCGAGACGUUGUGCUGGUGAUUCCUGUUUGAAGGCGACGAGGAGCAAAUGUCACCGGGUUGAUUUGUGACUUAAAGGAAAACUCCCCCCUUUGGCCCCCGGAGCAUUUUUAACGUCCACCUGCCCGAUAUGUUAUCUAACUUCUACUAGAUUACAAAAGUGGAAAAUUUAUCAUUUUGUAUUUUAAGUUAUUUAUUCAUUUAUUUUUCCCAAAAAUAAAUUUCAAGGCUUCGACAGAGUUCUGUAAAAGUCCAAGAACUCUGCUCCUCUGUCUGCGUAGACAGAGUUUGGUGACUGACAGUCACGGAUACAACUGAUACGUACUAGAGAACUGAAGUACAACUCCCAAGGUGCAGUUGGAGAGGGCGAACCCCAUUACUGAGCCAGAAAAUCAUUUGACCCAACAAGCAGUGGAAAUUAAAUAUUCACGCUUGGAUUGUGGAUCUGUUUUGUGUAGAUUAGGCAACUCUGGCCCCGGCUGGCGUCAUGACAACAUCGGCCGAGGCUCAUGGUUAUUGAAGUAUCCUAUGGAAAGACGCACUAGUAGACAAUGACAAGAAGAACCUCGCUGGCCCCGGUGAUCAUUUAGACUUUCAUGCAGGAGAGACCUGCAGUUAUCUUAUGGAACAUAACAACACACUUUUCCAAACUUUAAUCAAGCGAUUUACUUUAGGAAUCCCAACUCUCCCUAAACCUUAGUUUAACUUGACCUUUAUCUAUAGAAAUCAGAGCGCAGAUUGUUGACUAACUAAAUUUGUAUCCUUAUUAAUGUGAUUCAGGGUCUUUGCCAACUUGUCCAAUAUUGAGGUUGAAAAGGUCAAAGGACCUGGUGACUCACACAGUGACCCAAACUAUUCCAAAUAUACCAAAUAUGUAUUUUUAUAUUUUUGGUUGAAUGUGUUUUAAAAUGUGCUAAAUGAAACGUGGAACGAGCAGAUCCAGUAAACGUAACGUGAGACAGUGUGGAAACGUUGAAGACAUUUAAGGGGGAAAAAAGAAUAAAAGAACCAAUCAUCUAUAACUUAAACCAAAUCAAACGAGGAACUUUUCUCUAAAACCUGAUUUUCAGUCGCCUGAAAAACCAAACUGACGAACCAACGAGGAGGAGUUUUCCUUCAAUGUUUCUUCUUUGGACUUUUUUCUUUUCUUUUCUUUUUUACCGCAAAGCCUCAUUCACUGACUUCACCUCUCCGUCCUGAGCUUUGUGUCUGCAGCUUCCUGCCGGUUAACUUUACUUGCAUUAGAUAAGACCGACGCCGCUCGUGUGGUUUUCGUUGGGUCAGUUGUUCGCACCGAUAAACGAAGGGAACGGGAGUUAAAGCACAAUUCUGCCACUUGAAGACAAGUCAAUAGACUAGAUAUUGUAAUAUCAGAUGUAAAAGCUAAACUCUAAACUAUUUACAUAGAGACUUUCAGCACUAACAUGUAACAUGCUAGAAUGCAAAAAUAAAUCCAUAUGAAAUAUUUGUGAGAAUCAUCGGCGAGGGGGCGUUUUUAUACAACGUUCAUCUUCUUUUCCUUUCGCCCCCUUCGUCUCUGUCAGCCGCCAAAAAAACGCUCAACUGCAGUUUUUCUUACCACGAGGCAUGAGUUCCGUUGAUAUUUCUGCUGUAUGUUUAAGGGUCACGACGAGUUGCUACGUGAUAUUUUCAUUUGACUUGUGAAGUUCGUACGGUUUUUAAAUCAUGCUGGUGUUGGCAUCUCUUGCUCUGAAAUAAAUUCUUGUGUUGCAACACUGA